AUGGCUGUGAACAUAGGAGAUAGCGUUGGAAUUGAUAUCAAUUCCUUGGUGUCUUCAAUAGAAGAUAUGAUGCCCCGUGAUUUACUCAUAUCGUCUAAAUGUUGCAUCUUCAAAACCCCUUCCAUUCUCUAUCGGCAUAAUGAAAAAGCUUAUAUUCCGGAUGCAUUUUCUAUUGGACCUCUCCAUCAUGGCAGUCCAAACUUAGAAGCCAUAGAAAAAAUAAAAGCCAAGUAUUUGCAAGGACUUAUCUCUCGCUUGAACUCUCCGGAAUUGCUAAGAACCCUCAUCAAGUCCAUCAUGGAAGUGGAGAAAGAUGCUCGUGAGUGUUAUGCAGAAGCAAUUGAUUACAACCUAGAACAACUUGUGAAAAUUUUGGUUAUUGAUGGUUACUUUAUUAUUGAGUUGUUCUGCAAGAAAAUUUAUUGGCGCCUUACAGAAGAACGUGACCCCAUUUUCAGCAGGUCCUGUAUGCUACAAUUUCUGUACCAUGACUUGAUAUUGCUAGAAAACCUAAUACCUUGGAUGGUACUUGAGCGUUUGUUCAACUUGACAAUGGAUUCUUAUGACGAAAAUCCCCUAAUUCUACUUGCCGUGAAUUUCUUCCGUACCAUCCAUUUCUCAAAAAGACUGCGUCCUCGUGAUCAGGUUAUCAAUAUCAAAGGCAUCGAGCAUCUUGUUGAUUUGUUCAGGAAACUUUGGAUAUCAAGUAUUGAAGAAGAGAGAGAGAGACGACGAGAAUGGGAAUUAUUGCCUUCUGCUACGAGCCUUGCGGAGGCUGGAAUCAAAUUUAAAAAGGGUACGUCUAAAACCGUAUUGGAAGUAAAAUUUAAUGAUGGCAUUCUUGAAAUUCCUUCAUUUGAAAUUCAUGAGAUAACAGAAACCGUCUUUCGAAAUCUCAUUAGCUAUGAACAAUGUCUCCCCAACUCUGAUGAUAGGAUUACUUCCUAUGCCAUACUCCUAGACAGCCUCAUUAAUACUGCCAAGGACAUAGAUAUUUUGUACGAGAGUGAGAUAAUUGAUAACUGGUUGAAUCCUGAGGAUGCGGCCCAGCUCUUCAACAAGCUUUACCUUGACACUUGUGUGGCCUACCAUUACAAUGAUCUUUGCACGCAAGUGAAUAGUUAUUGCCGACGCAGGUGGCCUAGAUGGCGUGCAGUGCUUGCGCACAACUAUUUCAACACUCCAUGGGCUUUUAUUUCGACAUUAGCAGCAUUUAUCCUAUUGUUGCUGACGUUGUUACAAACUGUGUACACCAUGAAAAAUUAG